AAGCACUUACUCAGUCUACUCAUCCUAUACAAAUAGGCCAGCCUGGACGGCCAUUUCACAGUUUUGGUUCUUAUGUUGGGCUGAAGAAGAAGAAGAAAAAAAGAAAAUUGCAGUAGUAGUAUAUAGUUGGAUAUACUACAGUUGUGAAAUUGAAUUGAAUUGAAUCAGGUGAGGUGAGGUGAGGUGAUUAUGGGGUUAUUCCAUCUUAUCCGUAGCGCAGUCAACAAUGGUGCAAGAAACAACGGUUGGAGUUGGGGGAGGGGAUCAUUGCGGCGCGGUGUCAGUGUUUUGGGAUCCAACACUACUAGUAUUAUUGAUAAGACGACACAGCGGUCUUCAACAUCAUCGUCGUCGUCGUCGUCUUCGUCCGUCGUCUCAUCAUCGGCGUAUCACCUGUCCGGCGGCCCUUCUUACAUGCGCGGAUUUGUGUUUUGGGAACCCAAUAAGCCUCUCACCAUGGAAGAUUUCCACUUUCCUCGCCCCAAAGCUGGUGAAGUUCUCAUCAAAACCAAGGCCUGUGGGGUCUGCCACUCUGACCUUCACGUAUUGAAAGGUGAACUUCCAUUUGCUAGCCCUUGUGUUGUGGGGCACGAGAUAACGGGUGAGGUGGUCGAACAUGGUCCCCUCACAGACACCAGAAUCAUUGAAAGAUUACCUGUUGGCUCUCGUGUUGUCGGAGCUUUCAUAAUGCCUUGCGGUAGCUGUUUCUUCUGCAAUCAGGGUUAUGAUGAUUUAUGUGAAGCUUUCUUUGCUUAUAACCGAGCGAAAGGAACUCUCUAUGACGGUGAAACACGGUUGUUCCUCCGCAGCAAUGACAAACCGAUAUACAUGUACAGCAUGGGAGGCCUUGCUGAAUUUUGUGUUGUGCCAGCACAUGCGUUAUCUGUUCUACCCAACUCAUUGCCCUACACAGAGUCUGCUAUUUUAGGUUGUGCAGUUUUUACUGCCUAUGGUGCUAUGGCUCAUGCAGCCCAGGUGCGUCCUGGGGAUGCUAUUGCUGUGAUUGGCAUUGGGGGCGUCGGCUCAAGUUGUUUGCAGAUAGCACGGGCCUUUGGUGCCUCUGAGAUCAUUGCUGUGGAUGUUCAAGACGAGAAACUGCAGAAUGCCAAAAUGCUUGGAGCCACUCACACUGUAAAUGCGCGACAUGAAGAUGCUGUUGAAAAGAUUAAAGAAAUAACUGGAGGAAUGGGAGUGGACAUUGCUGUGGAAGCCCUGGGAAAACCUGAGACAUUUUUGCAGUGCACACAAAGUGUAAGAGAUGGGGGAAAAGCUGUAAUGAUUGGCCUUGCAGACUCCAGUGCUAAAGGGGAGAUAGAUAUAAAUCGUCUGGUUCGUAGACAGAUAAAAGUAGUUGGCUCUUAUGGAGGCAGGGCAAGGCAGGAUCUUCCGAAGUUGGUUAAGCUGGCAGAAAGCGGUAUCUUCAAUCUCACUGCUGCAGUUUCAAGAAAAUGCAAAUUUGAGGAGGUAAACAAGGCAUACCAAGAUCUUAACGAGGGAAGUAUUAUAGGUCGUGCCGUGGUUGAGAUAAUGUAGUCGUGUUCUCUGCAACAGGAAAGCAAAAUAAGUAGUGCACAGGUGAUUGUGUAUGACUAAUGUCACUUAAAAUGAAGAAAGGAGGAACAGAUUAAAUAAAGAAGUACAAGAAUUCAUGUCUUUUUUCUUUU